UCUCUGAACGUAUCCGCAGCCCCCUAUUUCCGUGAAUGUCUAUCGGCAUCCGACCUCGACGGGUUAACCCCCCUCAUGUAUGCCGCAUUUGUGGGAGAAGUCGAUGCGGCCAAAACCCUAUUAUCAAAACCCGGCGUACAGGUUAACCAAACUAAAUGCAAGGAUACAAGUAUAGGGAAGGUCUGCGACGGGACCUGUGGAACAUCUGGAUGGACGGCACUUCAUUAUGCUGUUUACUCCCAACGCCUUGACAUGUUAAAAUUGCUAUUAGAGCAUUCUAACAUUGAUAUCGAUCUAGUCUCCCAUGGGACAACGGCACUGGGAUUGGCCAGCGAGGAACGAUUUUUAGAAGGGGUCAAGACGCUAAUUGACGCAGGGGCAGGGUUGUCUAUGUUCUCCGGGAAAGCUCUAGUCCAAGACUCAUUGGUCCCUUAG